UAAUUCUCGUGCAUUCAGUCAUGAAGGUUCUCAUAUGCCUGUCAUGUUGGGUGGCGUCCGUCUUGACCCAAUUAAACCUAGCAGGGAAACCAUUGAGUGCGAGCUCAGUGUAUGAAGGAUUCCCACCAGAACACGCGAUUGAUGGACGCUUGGAUACAUCUUUUGAGUCAGAUUACUCUGCAACCGGACACGCCUACUGGCAAAUUGAUUUAGAAAACAACCAUCACGUCAAACAAAUAACCAUCCUCUUUCCAUCCUUUGAAGGGGCUGUGGCGGAGAACAGAACAAUUUCCCUCUCCUCGGAUUCGAGUUUUGAUUCUGCCCAUACUUUCCUGUGCGGUCAGAGUAUCGGUGAAGGUGCCACGACAUUCACCUGCCAGAGGCUGUUUACAGUACGAUACGUCCGUGUCUCCACCGACCGUCCCCCACUUUCUCUUAUUGAGAUAAAAGUGUAUGUAGAGGACUCAGUACAGUCGCUGUCUGAAGUAAACCUAGCAGGGAAACCAUUGAGUGCGAGCUCAGUGCAUGAAGGAUUCCCACCAGAACGCGCGAUUGAUGGACGCUUGGAUACAUCUUUUGAGUCCGAUUACACUCCGACCGGACACGCCUACUGGCAAAUUGAUUUAGAAAACAACAAUCACGUCAAACAAAUAACCAUCUCCUUUCCGAAGUUUGAAGGGGCUGUGGCGGAGAACAGAACAAUUUCCCUCUCCUCGGAUUCGAGUUUUGAUUCUGCCCAUACUUUCCUGUGCGGUCAGAGUAUCGGUGAAGGUACCACGACAUUCACCUGCCAGAGGCUGUUUACAGUACGAUACGUCCGUGUCUCCACCGACCUUCCCCCACUUUCUCUUAUUGAAAUAAAAGUGUAUGUAGAGGACUCAGUACAGUCGGUGUCUGAAGUUGACAUAACCGGUAAACCGGUGACUCAAAGUUCUACAAUACCACAGCAUCCGGCAGUGCUAGCAGUGGAUGGAAACUUUACAACCAUGAGUGUUACGGAGUCAGGAUCGACAGCUUACUGGAUCCUGAAUUUAGAGCAACCUUACACCAUCAGAAAAAUACUAAUUGCGGUUCCCGACUUUUCGAACAUGGUGAGUGCCACCAUUCACCUCUUUGAAAGUGACCCUUCAGUCGCCAGUGGAUUGUCCUACCUGUGCGGUGAAAUCGCCAACAAAGGGAAUUCAACAUUUGACUGUUCUGCCUCCUUUCUACCACAGUAUAUAACAGUGUAUCAUGCAUUACAGGUCAUGAUCAAUGAACUUCAGGUAUUUGAAGAGAUACCAACUCUGGGAUCAACCUCUGUGACGCCAUCUUCUAUUGAACCAUCCCCUGCGACUGUCACAACCACAAGAGAGAGACAGACAGAGAGCACGACCUCUAAUAUGCCAUCAUCACCUGCGACUGUGACUACCACAACACCAGCACCGACUACAGUGUCUCCAGAUACGACUCCUCCUGUGGCGCCAUCCCCUGUUACAUCUUCCCCUGCGUCUGUCGCUACCACAUCACCAGUACCAACUCCAUCGUCUUCAGUAAACCUAACAGGGAAACCAUUGAGUGUGAGCUCAGUGCAUGAAGGAUUCCCACCAGAACUCGCGAUUGAUGGAAGCUCGGAGACAUAUUUUGUGUCCGAUUACACUCCGACCGGACACGCCUACUGGCAAAUUGAUUUAGAAAACAACCAUCACGUCAAACAAAUAACCAUCUUCUUUCCGUUCUAUGGAAGGGAGAUGGCGGAGAACAGAACAAUUUCCCUCUCCUCGGAUUCGAGUUUUGAUUCUGCCCAUACUUUCCUGUGCGGUCAGAGUAUCGGUGAAGGUACCACGACAUUCACCUGCCAGAGGCUGUUUACAGUACGAUACGUCCGUGUAUCCACCGACCUUCCCCCACUUUCUCUUAAUGAGAUAAAAGUGUAUGUAGAGGACUCAGUACAGUCGGUGUCUGAAGGGACGACCUCUAAUAUGCCAUCAUCCCCUGCGACUGUGACUACCACAACACCAGUACCGACUACAGUGUCUCCAGAUACGACUCCUCCUGUGGUGCCAUCCCCCGUUACAUCUUCCCCUGCGUCUGUCGCUACCACAACACCAGUACCAACUCCAUCGUCUUCAGGAGCUGCCUAUAAGGCCGUGCGUGGCCACACCCUGGCGACUCCAACUGACACGAUGACGGCUCCUUCGGCAACCACGUGCAGCAUCUGGUGUCUGCAGAGCCCCGGGUGUACAGCCUUCAGCUUCAACAAGGCACUGCUCGUCAACAACUGUAAGAUUGGAGCAAGUCAAAGCACCGUGUUAAGUUCAGGUUGGACUGCCAACAUCAAACGCUCAACCUUGGAGAUUCGUAGAGUGGGAUAUUCAUGCUCUUAAACGAUAAUUAGAUAAACACUACCAGGGUUAGAAAUUGCAAUUAGGACAUUUUAGUUCCAUUAAAAGCCCUUGAUAAAUGAACCUAUUUUUAUAAAUGCUUAGAUCGAUUUUCUGGCAUAAAAAAGUUUGUGGUUACAGAAAACAUCAGUGUCAGUUCAAGUAUUCUCUUGAGUGUUUUUGGCCAUGGGGUUCUCGUUUUUUAGAUCUGACUCCAAAAUAUUUGAAACCACAUUGUGACUGUGGCAAACGUAUUUUCUAUAUUUAACUUUAAUAUAAUAACUGGAAGGUCAGAAAAGAUAUCAGUUGACGGAAUCAAACCUGCAAACCGUUUUAAGCUAACAGCCACAUGCUUUAGGUUGAAAAAAAACUGUGCAGGUCUAUUAUUUAUAUAUCAGAAGUAUAGUCAAGCGCUUGCCUCAUACCAUGGUUGCGUCAGUUGAGACGGGCGAGUCACAUUAAGAUAUAGUUCAUGUAAGCUUUCUGUGGAGAUAAAAGCUACUAAUUUACUCAACUCACUCACUCAUUCACUCAACUCUUACUUUGUAAAACAAUACUGUAAAACACGCCUUGAUAACAACAGAAUGUUUUAUUAUUUUGAACAUGCAAAACAGACAAACCAUUAUUUUUGCACGUUGGUGUGUUUAAGCCACUUAAGCUUAUUCAAAACAUUGGAAUAUUCCUCCCGUUGCCAUGGUACAUAAAACAAUCUCAGUAAGCUGCACAUCUACAUGUACUUUGUAAUUCGUGUGAUCAUAGAGAAUAUGUACUUCGUCCCCUUGGACCUUUAUGAUGGGCUUUUGUUGUUUUCCUACGGGUAUAAGCACUCUUUAAAAGAUAUAAGCACUCUUUUAACGAUGUGAUGCACCAUUGACUUUCUUCAGCCGAGAAGCGAUUUACAAUGGCAUGGAUUGUACUUUAUUAACCAACAUUGUUCAUUGGCACAGUCGAUAUUGGUAAGCACUCAUUUAUUGAUGUCUUGUCAAGAAAGAUGGAAUGGUUCACUUUGGCCAAGAAACAAUUUA